AUACUAACAGAUACAGUAUCCAAUUUCUUUUCUUUAUAACUCCAAAAUGUUCUCAGUGUACUUUCUUUUUUUUCUUUCUUUCUUUGUCUGUUAACUUGGGUUGCUUUGAUUUGUGCCAUGUAGCAAUCUAAAGUGCCUUGUCUUUGAAGGUUUCAACUAUGAGCCAUGUUGAAUCCUUUCUUGGCAGUUGGCAUAGAUAAAAAGCUUAUCUUUAAGAGAGAAAAAAUAUAAAAUUUAUAAAAAUUAUAACUAUAAAUAUAGAGAGAGAAAGAAAAUGACAACCAACAUCCAAGAGUUACUAAAUAUCUCUCUUCUUUGAUCCACUUCUUUCCAUUUGGUAAAGGACAAAAUGAUGAUGAUGACAAUGGAGGGAAUGAUGGAUAAGGGAGUAUUGGAUGAUAUAAUCAGAAGGUUGUUGGAAGGUAGAGGAGGAAAGCAGGUUCAGCUUUCUGAAGGUGAGAUCCGCCAGCUUUGUAUUAAUGCUCGUCAAAUCUUCCUUUCACAGCCUAAUUUGCUUCAGAUUCGUGCUCCCAUCAGAAUCUGUGGUGAUAUACAUGGACAAUACCAAGAUCUUCUUAGGCUCUUUGAGUAUGGUGGCUACCCUCCUGCAGCAAACUACCUGUUCCUUGGGGAUUACGUAGAUCGGGGCAAGCAAAGUUUGGAGACAAUAUGUUUGCUUUUGGCCUAUAAGAUAAGAUAUCCUGACAGAAUUUCUCUCUUAAGGGGAAACCAUGAAGAUGCAAAGAUCAAUCGAAUUUAUGGGUUUUAUGAUGAGUGUAAGAGGAGAUUUAAUGUUAGGCUUUGGAAAAUAUUUACAGACUGCUUUAACUGUUUGCCUGUGGCUGCACUUAUUGAUGAGAAAAUACUUUGUAUGCAUGGAGGGUUGUCUCCGGAGUUGGAAAAUUUGGAUCAAAUAAAGGAAAUUCAAAGGCCAAUGGAAGUUCCUGAUAAUGGUCUUCUCUGCGAUCUACUUUGGUCUGAUCCUCAUCCCAAGGUUGAGGGAUGGGCAGAUAGUGAUCGAGGAAUCUCAUGUACUUUUGGAGCUGAUAUAGUUGCUGAAUUUUUGGAUAAAAAUGAUCUUGAUCUCAUUUGUCGAGGUCAUCAGGUUGUGGAGGAUGGCUAUGAGUUUUUUGCUAAACGGAGAUUGGUAACAAUAUUUUCAGCUCCAAAUUAUGGCGGAGAGUUUGACAAUGCUGGUGCUCUAUUAAGUGUUGACGAAGCUCUUGUGUGCUCCUUUGAGAUAUUAAAACCAGUCGAAAAUAAAGCGUCAUCAAGCAGUUCUAACAAGUUGCCCAUGAAGAAGCCACCAAAGAUUGGGAAGAUCUGAUGUGCCAUGAGAUGGGGUUUCUAGGACGUCAUUUUGCUCAAAUAGGAAGCUCAAUCCGAACAAAAAUUUUGAUCACUCAUCAUACACGCAAGGCUUUAUGGGGAACCUUCUAUCAGACUGAUACUUGACGUUAUCUAAUUGCUAGGAAAUUAUUGAAAAAGUCUGUAAAUCAACCAACCAUUUUCUCUUAUGUGCAGUAACAAAAAUGUUUUUGCAUUUGAUUCUAGUUUGUGCUUUGGUUACUCAAUAUCAGUUUGCUAUCACUAAGUACCGAGACUAGGAAUAGAUCUGCCUUUGUGUUGAAUAUAUUU